AUGGGUGCUCGACUCAAGCCAAAAAAGGAGCUCCUCGAAUCCAACUUCGAAAACGACGAUGACGAAAACUUUAACGAGGUCGAUUCCAUCCAAUCAGAAUCCGAAAACGACGAUGAAAACGAAGAUGACGAUGACGAUGUCGACUUUCGCGAAGAAGACGAAGAUCUGAAUGAUCGACCGAUUCCAGUUGAGGAGAUUCAAGAAAAUCUACAAGAAGAAACCAUUAGCCUAGAAAAACUCGAGCUGACGAAUGAUCCUGAAAGCUUUGAUUCUGGUCGACCAGAAUCGCCGAAGGUUCAGGAGCAUUAUGAAGAAGAAGAUGUUCAUGAUCCAGAGCUUUUGAGUCCCCGAAGCGAUCUGGCAUUAUCGGACAUGGGAAGCGAAAGUUUCGUCGAUCAGUCGAUGAAUCUCCCCACCGUCCUUCACGGAACAAAGAAAUUCAAGUUUAAAGAAGUACUCGACGUCGCAAAUAACAUAGUCACAUCAGCAAUUGAAGAAGCCAUUGAUAUUUUUGUCGAGGAAAAUGCCGAUUCCGGGACCGAUUCUUUCAGCGAACAAAUGGAAGAAGAACUGGAAGCCCUCGCCAGCCAUUUGGUUGGCCGAGCUAUUGGUUACGUCCACACCCAACUCACGCUCCCCUCAUUUGACCUCUGA